GCGCGCCGCGGAUGUUAGUUGCUCGGUCGCUGGGUUGGAGUGUCGUGUAGUGCUGUGGUGAAAAUUGUAGUUUUGUCAAGUUAAAGUGGAAUUACAGAGGACAAAAUACCCAUCCUGCCGACGUUUAUUCAUGUUUUGGAUUAUCAAGUGCGCCGAGGUUGACAAUCUUCAGUAGCCGCUUUCGGUUACUCAAUCCAGGGGGAGGCUCUGCUUUGUGAAUCUAGGAGAGCCUUGUCAAAAUGACGGACACUAGCAAAGCAGAUCCCCCACCGCAGACGAACGGUAUCGAUAACGACGCCGAUGAUGAUGAACGGGGCAAAAUGCGACCCGCGGAUAUCGACGCUGAUAUGCGAGAGAUGGAAAGACGUAAACGAGUAGAAAUGAUAAUGAAUAGCCGGUUGUUUAGAGAAGAAUUAGAACGAAUUAUCGAAAUUCAAAUGAAAGAUGGCGGCAACGGACCAGCAGGACUGUUGCAACAAAUAUCAGACAUUAUGGGUGGACGAAUUAAUCCCACUGGGAUGUUUAAAAGCAGUAAUUGUGUGGUGCCAAUCAACGACAUUCGAGGCGUUGAAAGUAUGGGCUAUGCCAAGGGUGAAAAACUUCUAAGGUGCAAAUUAGCAGCUGUUUACCGGCUAAUUGAUCUUUACGGCUGGGCUCAAGGAAUUAACAAUUUAAUCACUGCCAGACUCAAUCAGGAAGAGGAACACUUCAUUGCCAACCCACAUGGAAUGCUUUACCACGAGUUGACUGCGUCAAGUUUGGUGAAGCUGGAUAUGCAAGGAAAUGUAGUGGAAUCGGGCACGACGAAUUUCCCUGUCAAUAACGAAGCUUUUCAACUACAUGCUGCCGUUCAUGCUGCCAGGCCUGACAUUAAAUGUGUCAUCCAUGUCCAUACUCCUUCUCUAUUAGCAGUGUCAUCUUGUUUAAGUGGGCUUUUACCAAUUAGCCAAGAAGCCGUUUCAGUUGGUGAAGUUAGCUAUCAUCCAUUUUUCCUUUCAGUCGAUGCUGAAGAGAAAGAUAAAAUCGGACGAUCCUUAGGACCUAUUAAUAAAGUCAUGUUUAUAGCCAACAAAGGCGCUUUAUGUUGUGGAGAAACUGUAGAAGAAGCAUUUUUUAAUGUGUACAAUACUGUUGUUGCUUCAGAAACGCAGCUUAAAUUAGGACCCACGGUGAGCAUUGAUAAUGUUCGAGUCAUACCUGAAGAGGCAAGGAAACCCGGUAGCAAUAAAACGGCGGCUAUUCAGUUUGAAGCACUCAUGCGAAUGUUAGACAAUGCUGGAUUCCGUACGGGUUACAUCUAUAGACAGCCACUCGUCAAAGGAGAACUCCCACGGCCACGGAAUGAUGUUGAAGUUCCGCCAGCCGUCUCUUCCCUUGGUUACCUUCUUGAAGAAGAAGAAAUGUAUAAACAAGGCCAAUGGAAAAGGUAUGCUGAUGGCAGGAAAAGUCACGACCGCACACGCUGGCUUAACUCCCCCAACGUUUACCAAAAAGUUGAAAUACUGGAAACAGGGACACCCGAUCCAAAGAAAAUCACAAAGUGGGUGGACGCUAAUGCUGAAGAGUGGGUAGUGGAUGGUUCUCCUACACAUAGCAGUACACCCGUGAAAAUCGACAGUGCUCUUCAGUUUGUCCCGAAGAACACUCAUCCGAAAGAAUUCAAAUUGCUUCAAAAGCAGAUAAAAGAAAAUAGGAGAGCUGAUAAAAUAACAUCCGGACCUCAAUCACAUAUUCUGGAAGGUGUUUCUUGGGAGGAAGCAAAGAAAUUGCAAGAUGCUAAUGUCACUGAAACUGGAGAUCAAGUCAUUGUUGUCGGAGCAGCCUCAAAAGGUAUCAUUCAACGAGAAUUUCAACAUCAUGCUACUGUUUAUAAAACACCUUAUGCCAAAAAUCCAUUUGACACCGUGACAGACCAGGAGUUAGAAGACUACAAAAAAGUUGUCACCAGGAAGCAGAAAGGAGAAUAUUCAUAUGACGAUUCAGAAAGUGAAGGAUUCUCCUCUUCUGCUGCCUUACCACCAUCAGGACGAGGUUUCAUCAGUGAAACUGAAGAUGAUAGUAGAGGAGAAGCGAGAGUGCUCCGAAUAGAAACCAAACAAGUUCCAAGGGCCAGUAAAGCAGAGGUUGUUCUCAGCGAUGGUGAGAAUACCUAUAACGGUGACCAUUCAGAUGCACACCAGAGCACUUUCUCUCAAAGCAGUAAAGAGGGCGUGUCUUUGGAAGAACCUCACAAAAAAGAAAAGAAGAAGAAGAAAGGCCUAAGGACACCUUCGUUCCUCAAGAAGAAGAAGGAAAAGAAGAAAGAAAAACCAACGGAAGCUUAGGCAGUUAACUAUGAGCCAUUGCCUUUGAAAAUACUCGACCGUGCUAUGAGAAUCACUGCCCUUGUUACGGUCAAGCCUGAAGCCCGUAGACUGCAGCAGCUACUUGUGCAUGUACGCUUUUUACUGUUCUUGAAGAGGAAAGGUUCUGCAAUUACCAGAUGCUGGUCGCUUCAAUGCUACGCAGUCUCUCAAUUCAUGUCGUGUAACAUUUAUAUUUUCCUCUCCCUCGGAAAACUCAUUCAUUUUUAAUCAUUUAAUUAUUUAUUUUUUCAUCGCUUUUUUUAUUUCAUAUGUAAGUUUUAAACUCGCUGAUAGAGAAUCCAGACAACAAAUGUUUUAAUUGAUUUUAAUGUGUAGAUACAAGAAAGGAAUUAUAAUUAGUGUUUUUUGCAUUUGUGUAUAAUUUAUAUAUGUAUAUUCUCUCUUUUUUUAAAGUAUCUAAUGAGAUCAAUUUUUCGACGAUUAAUUAUCGUCCGGGCAUUACCAGUAACAAUUUCGGCUUCAGUGCCUCAUCCUGAGUUCUAUUUAAACCUAAUGUAUAGUCAAUGUCUGUACUGCCUAACGCAUCAUAAACUGCCUGAUUUCCUCUUAGUUAUUUUAUGUUUUUAACUGGAAGCAAAACUACACUCUUUCUUGAACUUUCAGGAGUAUAUCUAUGCUUAUUAAUUCAGAAGAAUUUCACGGAAAGUUUUGAGGCAUAAUGCUGUGCUUUGUUUUCAGUCAAAAAAUAAACCAUAAGAGGAAAUAAGGCUGUGUGAAAUACAGUUAAGCUCACUCGGUUUAAAGUCCCCCAAGAUCACCAUAAUACUCUUACCAAGAUUUCAAAUGAAGGUUCGGUGCUGUAAUCUGUGUAUGAAAAUUUUGGGCCAAGCAAUUCAAGUCAUUAUAAUGUCACUUACCUCAUCACUUCACCAUUUUCUUUCUUAGAUCAUCAAAGACAGAUUUUUAUUAAAUCUCCCAAUUUUGGAAGAGUUAAAAAUUUAGAGGAACUUAAAUGAAAAGUUUGUUAUGAAACAUCAUAUCCUUUGUUUCAUUUAAUGGAAACUGUCUCAGUUUUUGAAAGCUUGCUAUGCAUUAGACCAGCAAGUCUCUCUCAUUUCAUAACAACAUUAGUCGAGGUAAACUUGUCAAAUCCUAUUUCUAAGUCGUGUUGAAGACAUUUUUACUCAAAAUUUGGCAUACCUGAAUAGCUUAAUGAACUGAGUCAGUAUGAUCUAAUUAAAAUUACGUAAUUUGGGAACAUGCCUUAAAAAAUUUAUGUCACUCUUCCUUCAACUUUGAAUAAUUUUCUCUAAAUUUUUCGUUUAAAAUAAAUAAAUAAAGACAUAUUACAAAAAAUCCUUGUCAGGAAAGUUGUUUGAUGUUUCUUGAAAGUCACGAAAUUCAACUAGAAGCAAGUAAUGUUAAAUUAUUGAUGUCUCACAAUGUUGUGGCCUCUCGUGAAUUUUUUCUCCGUUUGAUAGCUCCAGAUAGAAUUUAGAAUGUAUCACACGUUCUGAUGUUGCUGGUAUUCUCAGAUUUGGUUCUAUGGUCUCGUAACUAGCCUCUGGUGGCUUAGUUCACUGUGAAUAAUUGGCAUGAAUUUUAAACGCUCUUGAAAUUCAUUUUGAAGCAUUACAAGAGGCAUUAGGAGCAGUUAACAGGGUCACUGCGUAACAAUUUCAUCAAGAUUGAAAGAGAAGAAAAGAGGAUGAAGGAAGUCAGCAGUUCUGUAGUCCUGUUUGCUUAAAAUAGAAGAUAACUCGAUCGUAACACAUCUUCCUCUUAUUAAAUGGGUAAUGAAAUUUUCUGUUUUCUUAUUUAAGUGUUCUGCAAGUGAUUUCCAUUGCCUCUUUUUCGCACGCUUUUUUUAAAUUUUUUUUUUCCUUAGUGAAUCUGUGAAAAUUUAUGUCUCUUGGGAUAAAAACAUGACAUUUCCAGUGGCGAAUUUAGGUCUGAGCUUGAAAAACGUCUUGUGUUUUUAAUGUGUAAAUAAUUGAAUGUUAAAAGUCUACAUGGUUAAAAAAUCAGGUGCUCAGAUUCUGUAUAACAUUUCUGUGAAAGAGCCUUCACCAAAGUUGCGUAAAAAUGAGUUUUUGUCAUUUUUUACUCGUAGUCAAAAAAAUGUUAGCAAUGACAAAACUUUAAUCGGUAAUUUAAGUUGCAAAAAGCAAAUUCAAUCACAUUUAAGUCGGUAAAACAGCAUAAUUCUGAAGACGAAUCUUCUUAUCAAAUUGAAAACCCAACACAACAAAGAGGGACCAACGUGCGUUAGAUGUGUGUCCACAAGUACAAGUAGAGCCCCCAUUUACAUUGAAUUUUUUCUUUAUGUCAGCUUGAAUAUCCCUAUUUGCUGUGAGAAACUGAUUCCCCUGUUACUGAAGCACAUUUCAAUUUUUUGUGAGCAGUGUCAGCGAUAAAUGUUUCAUAAUCAGCGAUAAACGAUAAAAUUAAUGUUAUUCAAUGUGUAAUAUUUUCCUGUGUUACUAUUAAGAAUAUCGACUCAAAGGGCAAAGCUAGAGAUUUUAAGAUGUUGCACUGCAUUCUACACUGUAGAAGAAAACAAAAAGAAACUUCAAUGUAUUCUCACUUUCAAAUAUUCGAUAAAAAAUGGAACAGUUCUACUGAAGUUCAUCAAACCGAAGGAACAUGGAGACCAUGGGCUUUCUUACUCAAAUGUUUUAAAAUGUCUCGCAGAACAUAGAAGUCCCUGAGAAAAGCCAUAUCUGACGAUAUUUGCAGAAUGAAUGAAUGUGGGUUUCAAAUAAACGUCCAAAAGACAUUAAAUGUAUGUAAUCGCGUCUCUUCUUGAUUAGAGGUGUUUCUAAAGGAAAAGACAUCAUUAUCUUCAUAAUGUUUGAGUAAAUGUUUGCAGAAUGUCUUUAAUGUCCUCUGUAAUUUCUCAUUUGUUUUGAACCGUUUGAAUGUUAAAAAAUUUAUGAUGGAUUAUUUGCAACAUUUGCUUAAUAUUUAUUUUUGAAGAAAAUAAAAUACAAAAAAAUGAAUCAAUUUAAGUUAA